ACCAGAACUUGAGAUAGAGCUCCGAACGCAGAGCCCGCGCAUCGGAUAUUCGGUAUUCGUAUUUGGUAGUUCUGAACAGGAAAUUGUUGAUCAUCCUUCCAAAACUAAUAGCGUGUGUACUACUCUUCUUGUAAUCUAUCCAGCAGCCACCAUGAGCUCGAGGAUACCGAUCGAGUUUUAAUACUCUGACUGAGUCUAGCCAUCCUACUCCCUACUCCAAAUUCUUAUCUUCCUCUCCCUGUUUCGAUCUUCAAACCCUACUUAAUACUCUUCUUAUACUUUUUUUUUUAAUUAUUAUUAUUUAAAUGAAAUAAUUAAUUAUUAUUGGAAAUCGUCAUCUUGAUUCGUUUGCUUCCGGAAAGUCUGACUUUUGGAAUCGGUAUAACUUGAAGAAAGAAUCCCUAUUUUGUAUUGAAGACAGGCUGCCUGAUAUAUGAAAGCCCAGUCAAAGGAUGGUUACUCUCUCUAACUUGUUCCAUAAUAACGUCUUGGUUGUGGCUGCUGGUUCUCCUCCUCCGGUACCCGAUUUCUCCGUAUAUUCCUCGUUUAAUCAACUCCCAUUAUUCUCCUCUUCUAAAUUCAGUACUUGUCCUCUUAGUACUCCUCUGCCGAGCAAAACGACAGCUUGUAAAGUUAGUUAUUGGCCGUCCAGAUUUGACACCGGCGGCAGAAUCGGGAGAUCGGGUUGUGGAAGCGUCGUAAUGGACUCGUCUCCUCGCAAGAUUCUCAAGACGUCCUAUCACCUGCGCCAUGUUGAAUCGAUGAAAAUUCUGCCGUCCGGCGCCGGAAACAUUUCUCGUUUGAACGCUGUCAUUUUGGGCGAAUCCCUCGCUUCUGAAGAGAAUGAUCUUGUCUUUCCCAGUGAGGAAUUCUCUGGACAGGCACUCGUUUCUUCCCCCGAGAAGUAUUUGGAGAUGUAUAAAAGAUCGAUCGAGGACCCUGCUGGAUUUUGGUCCGAUAUCGCAUCAUCUGAGUUCUAUUGGAAAGAGAAAUGGGGCCAACAAGUCUACUCUGAGAACCUCGACGUCAGGAAAGGCAAAAUCAAAAUUGAGUGGUUCAAGGGCGGUGUCACCAAUAUUUGCUACAAUUGCUUAGAUAAAAAUGUUGAAGCUGGACUUGGGGACAAAAUUGCCCUUUACUGGGAAGGAAACGAACCUGGUGUUGAUGGCACUUUAACAUACAGCCAGCUUCUCCAAAACGUUUGUCAGCUUGCAAACUACUUGAAAGAUAUUGGUGUCAAAAAGGGUGAUGCCGUCGUGAUUUAUUUGCCAAUGCUCGUGGAACUUCCCAUUGCAAUGCUCGCAUGCGCUCGCAUUGGUGCUGUUCACUCGGUUGUAUUUGCUGGAUUUUCUGCAGAAUCUCUUGCCCAGAGAAUCGUGGACUGCAAACCAAAGGUUGUGAUUACUUGCAAUGCUGUCAAAAGGGGCUCGAAGGUUAUCCACCUCAAAGACAUAGUUGAUGCUGCCCUCAUUGAAGCAGCUCGAAAUAAUGUCUCUGUAGAUGUGAGCUUAGCCUAUGAAAACCAUUCCGCAAUGAACAGAGAAAGUACUAAUUGGAAAGAAGGAAGAGAUAUAUGGUGGCAGGAUGUUGUUCCUAAAUAUCCAACUACUUGUGAGGCGGAGUGGGUUGACUCAGAGGAUCCACUUUUUCUUCUCUAUACUAGUGGGAGCACUGGAAAGCCAAAGGGCGUUCUCCAUACAACUGGAGGAUAUAUGGUGUAUACUGCAACAACAUUCAAGUAUGCAUUUGACUACAAACCAUCUGAUGUCUACUGGUGUACAGCUGACUGUGGUUGGAUUACUGGACACAGCUAUGUCACUUAUGGACCGCUGCUAAAUGGCGCGUCUGUUGUUGUGUAUGAAGGGGCUCCUAAUUAUCCUGAUUCUGGCCGCUGUUGGGACAUUGUUGACAAAUACAAGGUCACAAUAUUCUACACCGCACCCACGUUGGUGCGGUCCCUCAUGCGUGAUGGUGAUGAAUAUGUUACCCAGUACUCAAGGAAAUCCUUGCGGGUUCUUGGAAGUGUGGGAGAGCCUAUUAAUCCAAGUGCAUGGAGGUGGUUUUUCAAUGUAGUUGGAGAUUCAAGGUGCCCUAUAUCUGACACGUGGUGGCAAACUGAAACUGGUGGCUUCAUGAUGACUCCGUUGCCUGGUGCUUGGCCUCAGAAGCCUGGUUCUGCUACUUUUCCUUUCUUUGGGGUUCAGCCUGUCAUAGUAGAUGAGAAGGGUGUUGAGAUUGAAGGCGAGUGCAAUGGGUACCUAUGUGUUAAAAGCUCAUGGCCAGGGGCAUUCCGUACACUUUAUGGUGAUCAUGAAAGAUACGAGACAACAUACUUCAAGCCGUUCCCUGGCUAUUAUUUCAGUGGUGAUGGCUGCAGCAGGGACAAGGAUGGAUACCACUGGCUUACUGGAAGAGUUGAUGAUGUUAUCAAUGUUAGUGGACAUCGCAUUGGCACAGCAGAAGUGGAAUCUGCUCUUGUCUCCCAUCCCCAAUGUGCAGAAGCUGCUGUGGUCGGUGUGGAGCAUGAGGUUAAAGGACAGGGUAUUUAUGCAUUUGUGACUCUAGUGGAUGGAGUUGAUUACAGUGAGGAACUCCGGAAAAGCCUCGUACAUGCAGUCCGGAGCCAGAUAGGGGCCUUUGCUGCACCUGACAAAAUCCAUUGGGCACCUGGCCUUCCAAAAACGAGGAGCGGAAAAAUAAUGAGGAGGAUCCUGAGAAAAAUUGCUGCCAGGCAGUUAGAUGAGCUUGGAGAUACUAGCACGCUUGCAGAUCCAAAUGUGGUCGAACAGCUAAUUGAACUUGCUGAUCGCUAAAGUUCCUCAACUGCAUUAUGGGAGGUACCUCCAUCAGCACAAUAUUCAGUCCCGCUAUAGGCUCGUACUAAUAAUAGCUAAUUUGAGCAAUAGAAGAAAGAAUUCCAUAACCUUUCUGUUUUUCUCCAUAUAUGUUAUAUUGCCUUUUUUAAAUAAAUAAAAAACACAUUUUGGAAACAUGUGAGACACUAAUUUAUCAGUGUUAUUUACUGGGUUGGAUUA